GGAAAGAGGAGGGGGCGAGGAGGAGGCGGCACGGGUGCUGUUUCUCCAGUCUCUUUCCCCUGUCUUUGUCUCACACACUCUUUUGUUAGCCAUGCCUAGCCUGCUGGUUCUAGCAGGGAUCAUGGAGAAAAAUGGGGGCUACGGCGGGGAUCUGGCCGGCUCCGGCUUCGGAAGCGAAGGUCUCCUCGUGCCGCCCGAUGAGGAGGAAGACGACUCCCGUGCCCUCAGGGUCGCGCUGGGCCAGUUGUCUCUGCUGGGGCUCGGGGAAGGCGAGGACGGCGGCGGAGCCCCAACAACAGGAGUACAGGACCGGAGUAACAAUAACAACAACCACCACAACCACACGAACAGCGUCGGAGGUGGCGGGGACACGGCGAUUCUGCAAGGGAAAAGCAAGUUGUGCGCCCUGUAUGAGAGCUCCUCAAGUGAGACGAAAGGACGAGGCUGCAACAUAACAGAAUGCGUCCCAGUGCCCAGCUCUGAACAUGUGGCCGAAAUAGUGGGGAGACAAGGUUGCAAGAUCAAAGCCCUGCGGGCCAAGACCAACACCUACAUCAAAACCCCCGUUAGAGGAGAGGAGCCUGUGUUCUUAAUCACUGGCCGGAAGGAGGAUGUUGCACUGGCCCGCCGUGAAAUCAUCUCUGCUGCAGAGCACUUCUCCAUGCUCCGGGCAUCCCGCAACAAGCUGGGAGUGUCUUUUAGUGGCUCCCCGCCCACACCUUUGCCAGGUCAGACCACCAUUCAGGUGAGAGUGCCAUACCGUGUUGUGGGGCUGGUAGUGGGGCCUAAAGGCUCCACCAUCAAACGCAUCCAGCAGCAAACCUGUACUUACAUCGUCACUCCCAGUCGAGACCGCGACCCUGUCUUUGAAAUCACAGGGUCACCGAGCAACGCCGAGCGGGCCCGUGAGGAGAUUGAAGCACACAUCGCCUUCCGAACAGGAGGCCUGCAUGACCACAAUAAUGAGAAUGACUGUCUGGGGCCGAAUGGUGGAAGCAGCCCAGCGGGCAGCAGCGGUGGUCUGGAGAGCCGGCUACAGCAGGUGUGGGGGCUGCAGGGGGGCCAGCGCAAGCCUCUCACCAGCAGCUACCGCCAGAACUUCUCAGAUGCCAUGGUUGGAGGGGGAGGAGGUGGUGAGGGAGGGGGAAUCUACAACAAGGGCAACUUCUCCAACUCCGGAGAGAAGCCAUGCUCUUAUUUUGGAUCAGAGGGUACCCAGAGCUGGGGCGACCCCGACUACCCGAAACAGGUGGCCUUCUACGCCCAGCAGCGUUCCAAGAGCUUUGGAGGCCUCCCACUCCCCCUGACCAGACUCUCCCCUGGCUUACCCGAGCCCUGCGGAGGUGGAAGCACCAACAACUCUUCAGUCACCAGCAUUGUGCCCGUAGCCGGCUCACCUCAUGCCCAGGCCCGCCGCGCCCACAGUGAGCCCACCUCAGCCGGCGAGGGUUUCCCAGGCCGUCUGCCAGUGCCGGACUCGCCACCGGCCACUGUGCGGGACUGCAUGACCUGCUUUGAAAGCAAAGUGACGGCUGCCUUGGUGCCCUGUGGCCAUAACCUCUUCUGCAUGGAGUGUGCCAUCCGAAUCUGUGAGCUCAACCACCCGGAGUGCCCAGUGUGCCACACCCAGGUCACACAGGCCAUCCGAAUAUUCUCUUAAGGAACCACAUCAGUUUUUAUCAUUAGUUUUGUCAGUGUUUGUUUAAUAAUUAUUUACUGUUAUUAUGAUUAUUAUUAUAAUACACAUUUUUGUUUUUCAGAAAAUUUAAAAACAAUCAAGCAGAUAUUUUAGAAGGCACUGCUUGCUUUACUAAAAAGUAUAAGAAAUAUUUUUAAGUUUUUCUUUUAUAUAUAUAUAUAUAUGCAUAUAUAUUUUAUAAAAGUUUUGUUUAUAAGAGAAGUAUAGUACCUUGCAUUUUCAGUUUUUUGACUGCUACUGUUUUUCAUUCAUGAAUCACAGUGUAGGCAGAGGUAGACAGUAAUGUGAACAUUUUAUUAUUCAAAUUUUUUAUUUUACCAUGAAGUGGGUUUAUAUGGAAGGAAGAUGACUGUUGAGGUACCCAAUCUGCACCUGACUGACCUAGAAAGUCAAUGUUGUUAUUAGAAGGAAAAAAAACAGAAUUUUCAUUGCACCUUACAAUCAUCUUGGUCUAAAAUAGGAUUUUCAAUCAUACCUUGAAAUUUCGGGAGCUGAUGUGAAGGUGAAUUCAGCCUUUUCAGUUUUACUGAUAUUGACUGUGGUUUGAUAUAAUUGGUCCAUAAUAGAUAUUAAUUUUAGCAAAAUGAAAAUGUGAAUAGAUUGGUCAAAGCCUUGUAAUCUUUACAAGAAAAUAAAACACGGCCCCUUAUUUCAUUUUUAUUCCUUUUUUAAAGUCUAAACCAGAUCAGUCCUAAAAAGGAAUAGGACAUUACAUAAUUUAUUUAUAGUGAUUGGUUACAUUUUAUUGGUACCAUUAUUCACAGAGAGAGAUGAAAGUUGUGUGAAGUAUCAGUAAAAUUUUCUUUCCAGUAGCCAUUGAUUACACUUUGGUCACUGCAGUUUCUUGAAAAGAUUCAGUAAUGCUUGCUCCUCGUGGCACUUGAAAAGCAUGUGGUUCCUCGGUUGGCUUAAAGCACUGAUUUAAUUUGUGAGGCCGAAAGCCUUGGAAUUCAUCCAGUUGGCUAGUUCUCGAUAUCUGUCUCCCCAAUGGACUUGUUUCAAAGCCACCUUAACCGCGCUUUAUUGUCUUGUGUGGUCAUUUGGCCACAGUCGCUGAACAAUAUAGGACACAGCAAGAGCUCCAGUCAACAAGCAUUUCUCUGAGGUGUGCACUGUAAAUAAAGAGGUGAAUUAGUAUGUGGACAGAAGCCGAGUAAAACUGUAAAAUGUUUCCUGAAUCAGCAGCAGACUCAGAUUAAAAUAGUUGACACUGUAAAAUACAGAGUCCCAAAUCAGUAAUCCUUACUCCACGUCCCCAUUACUAACAGCAUUAUGUGUGAGCUCCGAGGGGCCAGCUGUCUCCCCUGUAAUUAGCAAAGCUGUACAGGAGCAGGUGUUUCAUGGCACACUGUGGCUGUGACCCCAAGUUGGAGGUCUCGCCUAGCCCCCUUUCUUUCUCUCUUUUCUUUGGCUUUUAUGUCUCCCCCUGCUUACAGUUCGAUCGCUCGCUUUCGAAAGCCUCUCUGAGUGGGGCAUAUUGUCUGGGCCCGGUAGUGGCGUGGGCUGCAGAGUGCUCGGACACGGCCUGGAUCUACUCAUUGAUAAUUAGGCAAAUGGGUUGGUCCAGGUGCGAACCGUGUGGGGACUCUGGAGCUGUAUGAGGGGUAAGACAGGGUCCCGCAGCGAGCCGCUUACUGCCCCACCCCACUGUUACAAGCACAGAGGGGGCUGGAUGGUCUGGAUGCAGCUGGGCGAAUAGGACCCCCUCCUUCCACUCCCUCUUGCCCCUUCCUCCCCCCUUUUCCUCUCCUUUGCUGCUGCUCUGAGCUAUCCCUACUGGGGAGAGGGGGCCUCUUUUGUCCCAAAACACACACACAAAAUUUGAAAGACACUAGCUGAAUUUGGCAGCGCCUGUGAAAUGAGGGGAGGCUUAGGAGCAAAAUAAAUUAUCUACAGUUAUCAGGAGCUACACCAGUCACCGGUUUUCAUUGUUAAUGUCACACAAUUUGUCGUAUACCCCUCGCAAAUGAUGAAAAUGUAUGUGCUCACCUACAAAAGAAAGAUUGCGUGAUCUUAUCACACGGGGUGCAGCAUUAAUCCCCCUCCACUCCCCAAAUGCACCGCCCUGAAAUUUGGAUGGGGUCCUGUUUUUGUGACAGCGCCAGUGCAGAUCGUGUCAGCUCGCUACUGUAUGGGACAUCCUGCAGCUGCCCCUUCACUAUGGACACCCAGGCUUCAGCCAAUGGCAGCUCCCCUUGCUUUGAGCUUCCAGAAUGAAAUCAGACAAUUGUAAUUGACAGGAAAGCAGAGGAAACGCCCCAUUUAACCAGCACUCAUGCUGAAUCAAAUUACACACCCUCUGCGUCUGCCUUAGCCCCAGCCUGGGGAUUUCAGAAGGCUAGAGUAGAGCGGAUGGGGGUAGGGAUUAAAGCUGUUGAAUGAUUUUGGGGCGGGGGGGGCAUACUUCUCUCUUUCUCCAGAGAGAAAGAGAGAAGUAUGCUCCAAAAAAAUGAAACCUUGCAGAUCUAGCAAUUUUAUUGAUCAUUCAAGUCUUGCAGCGAGUUUUGAGUUGUUGUCACAUGUGAGCCAGUAGUGAUAACAGGGAACACCGGUGAUUCAGCAGGCCUCUCGUGUUGUAUUGGAGAACAAUUCAACUCAGCUUCUGUCUCAAAAAAAUAUUUAACAAUUAAAAAUUGUGUCUUCAAGGACACAAAGGCCCCUCCCUUUUGUUUAACAUAUAAAGCAGACCACUCACAUUACGUGUGGACUGCAGGGAAAGCACUAUACUUGCAAAAAGUACCCUGAAAUCUAUCAGAUGUAGAAAUAAAGAAUAGUUAUGAUUUUAUGGAUGGAGAAAUUGCACAGUGGUUUGGCUUAAGCUUUCAAUGUCAAAUUCAAGGCAGUAUGACACUGUUCUUUGAACGUAGUAUUUUUGUUAUUUUGUUUUCUGCCUUAAUAUUUUUAUUAAAAUACUUCCAUAACUUUGGCAUACAAGGUAGCAACUUUGGCCUCUGAUAGUACCGCCCCCUUAAACUACUUUUAAAGUACUUAUUUUUGGAGAAAAGAAUGUGAAUCAAACUUCUUGGGUGGGGAUUAGAGGGAUUCAGGAAAUUCGGCUCUUAAAACACUUUAUUUAAAAUAUAAAGUAGAGCACCUUAUUACAGAACAUGCGCAUUUGAUUAAUACCAAACCGACCACUGAUGGUGAAAUACAUUUCAUAGAAUUUGAAAGACAUGCACAUAAGGAUUCCCUAUCAUUUUUUUGUAUUAUGGUGGUUCCUGUUCUUAAUACUACAGUAGUACUAGUGGUCAUUUGGGAGACCUCUCAUCCAUUUAGUCAAUGCUGAUGACUUGGUUGGGUUUUGCACUGGUUUAAUGAAGAGAGGGCUUAUUGGAGAUUCUCCCUGUUUAGACGCUGUAUAAGUUAAUGAGUAUUGUACUUUAUAGGAAAGCACUCUGAGUAUCUAUGUAAAUACAGUAUGUGUAUCAGUUAUGAACAUCCAGACAAAGGCCCGCUUAAAGUGAGGUUUUGAUUAUUUUUACAAACUGAAGGUGUCAUUGUCAAUGUUUUAGCAUAUGGAAUUCAAAAUGUUUCUGAGUUUUAGGGAGAGUAAAUCUUUUAUAUAUGCGCCCCAUCAUCCUUUUGACUAUAAUAAUAGUAUAUUAGAUAGAUCCAUACAUUUAAGAAAUAUUAUUUAAACUGAUUAACUUAGUAUUUCAUCCAAAUAUAUAGAUAAGAAAUUAACCAGACACUACUAUAAACUGUAAUAAUGAAUAUUCUUUAUGAAGCCGCUGAUGUAUAAAUCCAAUCUCAAAUAAAAACUCGAAUGAAUAGUAUGUGUAAUAACCUAACCCCUAAUGAAUAAAUCAGUUUCUAUGUAUUUUAGGAUGAAAAGCAAUAAUAGGACUAUACUGGGACAAUAAACAGAGGAGCCUGCUUAGUCAGUUCUUUAAAUAAUAUUCUAUUCAGAAACUGACCUUGAUUAUUAGGAUAAUACCGUUGCAUUUCUGUCUCAUAUCUGCUUAAAAUUCAUGUGGAAACAGAGAUAUAAUUAAUUAGUAACAGUUUUAGGAUAAGUAAUACUUCUUGUUGUGUUCAUCAGGGUCUUAGUUAUUUGAUUGCUUAAUUUUUUACAUUGAUUAUCAAUCAGAUCACAGGGUGGGUCAAGACAAACUUAAGGAUUCCUUCUCUUGAGUAGCACUGAAAUGAUGAAACUGCAAUUUCUGUGACUUCUCAUCAAAUCUCAUCGCACUGUAAAAGUGAUCCCUCAAGUGUAAACAAACAAACAAACAACAAGACCAGAGCAUAAGCACCAAGCUCUGUACUGUUUGUUAAAAAGCAGGAGCUGGUGACUUUACUUAUGACAGACUAAUGUCUUGAAGGCUUUGGUCAAAAAUGUACACGAAGCAGUGAGAAGUAGAGGGUAGGUCAACAUGAUAUGAUGUACUGUACCAGUCACUCUCUUAUUGCAGUCAUGUUGUCCAUGUGAAGAGCUUUGAUUCUUUACACUCAUUAUUCUUUGUUAAAUUACAUACAGAGGCAGAUGUGUUACUUACAGCAUAUCUUAAGAUGAUUUCUGUUUACAGUAAUAAUACGUUUCUGAUUUCAUGGCUCUAUUUGAUACUUGUUUUGCACCUACUUUUUCAUCUGUAUUGUUUUUGAAAGAAAAAGGUCCGACAUAGCCAAAGAACAAAAUACAAGGAGAGGAUAUGAACUAACUUGUCACUUGAGUUAACUUAUUUUAGCAUCAAAAUCAGCUUGGUUCAGAGUUUAUUGAAUCAGGAUUAUUAAGAAAUAAUCUCAUAACUAGAAUUACUUUGUUUACCCAAAAGUCUUGGAGGCCACUUAAUCGAUAUCUGUGAAAUGAAGGCAUAUCAUGUUUCAGUGUUGUAAGAUUAGUUUAAUACUACAGGGGCGCCGGUAACAGACUUAUUUCUCCCCAAAGAGAUCAGUUUAAAGCACAUCCUGGCACUUACACAGCCUUUGGGUAGUUUUCUAUUGUCCUGAUUAGGUUGUUGGGAGAAAAACAGUCCAGGGAAUGUCUUAAUCUUUCUGGAAAACUUAAAGGCGAUAAAGGGACUGCCCAAGUAAAAAAAAAAACAAAAAAACAAAAAAAACAGACAGACAGAAGGAAUCGUGAGAGAACAUUCAGGCUGAAUUCCUAAUUUUUAAGACCCUCAGAGUAAACCGUAAGGGAUUACGUUUAGAUGUAAACAAGGUGACAGUGUAACAGUGAACUAAACAACACUGUGGUUUUGGUUAAUAUCGUUUAGAGAGCCGUUAACUGUGUCCUUAAGUUUAACUGCAUGUUAGUAAAAUAUAGUACAGUAGGUAAGAUUUAUCAGAAAAAAAGUUAAGAUUGCAUAAAGAAUUCAUCAGCCUGAUACCUAAAGUGUAUAAAAAGCUUUAAGACCUUAAAGUGAACAUCGGUUUAAAAUCAUAUUUACUGUGUAGUUUAACUAAUUGAUACAUAAAGUUUAAUUAUGAUUCUUAAGAAUAUGCUACGGUGUAAGUUUCAUUUGUCCAACUCACCCAAUAUGAAAUACUUCUUUUAAUUUAGUGGUGCAACAAAGGGGUGGGGUGACUCUCACAGUGACAUUUGAUUCAUUAAGUUCUUGUUAGUAUUAUUUACAAUAUUGUAUUAAGCUUACUAUUAUAGUAAUGGUAGAAACUGUUGAUGUUUUUCUUCUCUUAAUAUGAAAAGGUCUUUAUGCAUUUAUGUAGAAUCCCUUUUAAGGAGUGAUAGGAAAUCCUUAUUUUCAAUGGAUGCACUUAAGCAAUUUUACCAACCUGUCUAAAUCACACAUUGAGCAAGUAAUGCAUUUGAAUGUAAAAAAAAGACCACUCAAGUCAAUGCACUCCUUAUGCUUAUUGUUUUGCCAAUUUACAAGUGAGCUUUAAGUUUUUGUUUGUUUUUUUGGAAAGAAUUUGCGACAGGUUUUCAACGUAGACUAUAUUUGAGUUCUUCCACAUACAUUUAUAGAAAGUAACUUAAAAUGAAUAAAAAAACAUAUUACAAUUUCUCAAAUCUAUUUUGCUAACAUGGGUUAUUAUUUCAUAGAAAGCAGAGGAAAAAAAGUCAGUAUCUGGAUGUUAUUUAUGAAAAGUAAAAAAAAAAUGAAGCAACAUAUUUAUGAGUAACCUCAAGACAUUUUGUUUUUUAAUUAAAAUUACAAGAAGUUAAUAUAUUUCUAAAAACAGGGAAGUCAGUUUCUACUAAUAAGAAAAAUGAGAAAAGAAGUUUAGAAGUUUUAUUUAUGAAAGUUAUGGACGCUUGCCUUUUCCAUGUACUUCAUGGUAAAUGAAGUAAAUGGAACGAGAGUUCCCGAUAGCUUAAAUUUUAACUUCAGACAUGCACUACUUCAACAUCAGUGCAUUCACAAUGGAAAAAUCACAGAAAAUAAUAUAAUAUUUUUUAGAAUUUGGAGAUAUUUUAGUCACAGAGCAUCAAUUUUGUGCCUCAAUUAUAUAUUUUUCCUGCAUCAGCAUUCUUUGUGCAGUGCUGCUUGCUGUAACCCCUUUCUCCCCUUCAACUAACCCCAUGUUACUGACUGAAACACAUAACUCAUUUCCUCUGUAAUCUAAACUCGCUUUUACUUAUCAAACAUAUAAAACAUGUUACGACUGCAAUGCUUGGAAUGAAUGAGACAGCUGUGACCCUCCUGCCAAUAGGGCCACACAUAACUUGUACACACUUUCAUUCAUACAUUUUCUACAUCUACUACUCAGAGAGUUUGUGAUCACUAGCGAGAGAUCAUAAUCAGCUUAAAGAAAGCCUUUGUUAGACUUUCCCUAAUGUGUUAAUUAGGUGAAAUGUGCAAAUCGAGUGGAGGCAUCUGGGACAGGACAACAGCGCACUGUGUAGUAGAUCUAUGUAACUAGAUGCACACAUAUACACACAACAGAUUCAUUACCGUACUAGUUUGCAUGUAUGUUGUAUGGUCACUUAGACAGGAGAAAUGGUGCAGGUCCUGUGUUAUCCUUUAACAUCAGUACACUUGGGCUGUUUCUCCUCUGUAGAUUUUCAUAGUUGGAGUCUUUUUGGAAACUGGAAAGUUGACACGAGUUUGGAGCCAGGCAAAGAGGCCAUUUCAGUCCCUACAUCAAAGUCGGAUUUUAUAUUCUCAGUUACCUGUUAGUGACGAAAGACUGUUCGCACCUCAUUUAAAUUAACUUGAAGUUCUUAGUUUGUGUAAGAGUUGAUACAGAUAAAAAAAAAAAACUUGACAAAAACACUACAAUGGCACAUUUUCUGCUGCAUGUAAAGGAUGGGGACUGAAGUGGCGCUCGCUGGUGAAACUCGCAACCUUUUCCAAAGAGGCCAAUACAGUCUGACAGUUUGUCUUUGGUAGCGUUUCCAAUUUUUCCAGCACAGUAGAGGUGUUUCAUACCGGUCUAAUAGUGGUCGUAGUGCAUUAGUUUUUGGGCCAGCAUCACCUGGCGUUAGUUUCUGGUUUCUCUGUGAACAGUGAAAGAGGGUUGCCAGUGUGGCCCUCUGUGGCUGACCGUCAACUUUGAUGGAUGGAAAAAAAAAAAAGAAGUCUUUGAACUCUGUUACAGUAUGCCAUGCCCUUACAAGGCAUGUGAUAUUGCAGGUUUAUUUGUUAUAGCACAUGUUUUUUUGUGAAUUACAUUUUUUGGAGACAUUUUUAUUAUUAUUAUUGUAUCUGCGCCAUGUUAGUUCUGGUUCUUUGUUAUUUUUCCAAGAUUCAAGAUGUAUUGUAAAUGUUUCUAAUAAAACAAAAAUGAAAUGAU